GGAGUGACAAAGAAUGUCAUCAGAUAGGAAGUCUCGCUCUGGCAGCUGGCAGCUGGCAACUAGAAUACCACCUUGUUCUCACUUGACCAUGCAGACUUUUCUGAGCGACAGUCUUUAGAAAUGGAUUCUAAUGGAAUUGUGGAGAGCAGGACGAAUGGGAAUGAAUUGACAAUAUGUGGGAGCUGUUUGAGAUGUAUUCGCAGGUUGAUUCCUGUUGAAUUCAAAAAAGAAAUGAUUGAAUUAUCAACAAUGGCUGGGCCUGUGGUUAUGGCUCAGCUCAUGGUCUUUUUAGUGAGUUUUGUCAGUACAAUUUUCUGCGGCCAUUUGGGGAAGACAGAACUGGCAGGGGUGACUCUCGCCAUAGCUGUGAUUAAUGUUACAGGUGUCUCCAUUGGGUAUGGUUUAUCAUCAGCGUGUGACACACUCAUAUCUCAGACUUUUGGGAGCCGUAACCUCCUGAAAGUUGGGGUCAUUGUACAGAGAGCCAUCCUCAUUCAACUCCUGGCCUGUUUCCCAUGCUGGGCUGUUCUCAUCAACACAGAACCAAUCCUCCUGGCUGUCAAACAGAGCCCAGAGGUCGCCAGGCUGUCUCAGGUGUAUGUGAAGAUUUUUAUGCCAGCACUCCCAGCCACAUUUAUUUACCAGCUGGAGGCCAGAUAUCUACAGAAUCAGGGAAUCAUAUGGCCGCAGGUCAUCACAGGUGUGGUGGCCAACGUACUGAAUGCCCUCAUCAACUACAUAUUCCUCUAUGUUCUGGACCUGGGUGUAGCUGGGUCUGCGUGGGCCAACACCAUCUCUCAGCUCUCUCUGGCUGCUAUACUUUAUGCCUACAUCCUGUGGAAGGAACUACACAAGGCCACCUGGGCAGGUGAGACAUGA